CCUGUACAAGAGCCUCACAUGCCGCGCGCCGGUGUCCUGAGGUCCGAUCGCAGUCUUGAAUCCUCUGGCUCACCCCCACCGCAUCGAAAUGGCCGAGAGCGACCAGAUCAGCACAGACACCAGCCAAAUCAGAAACUGGCGCUCGAUCGUGACCCUCAUCGUCUUCGUUUUGACCAAUGUCAAUGUCCUGUUCCCUUUCCACAUCCCCAUCUACGUCCCUCGGAGGCUCGCUGAUGGGUUUCUGGAUGCGCUCGCCGCGCUGCGAGUUCUUCCCAAGAGGUCUCGCCGGUCUCAUGAUGGCGACGGCACAGGUGGUUUCUUCCUGCGGAUGAGGUUCCCCAUGAACUUUGUCACGGCUCCUCUGGUAGCGGACCUCUUCCUGCUUGCUAUACUGGCUAUCGGGAAAAAAGAAGUGCACGACGGGACUGUCGGGGUGAACAGCAUCUCUCCCAUCGACAUCAUGGUCUUCUUCCUCUCGCUAGCGUAUAUCGCCAUCUCCAUCGACGCUUCUGGCCUGAUCAGAUAUCUGGCCUUCAAGGUCCUCCAAUGGGGAGGCAACGUUGGACACAGGCUCUUCUUCUACCUCUACGCCUUCUUCUUCGCCCUGACCACCUUCAUUGGGAACGACCCCGUCAUCCUCUCCGGCACCGCUUUUCUCGCUUACAUGACGCGCGUGUCGAGCAACAUCGUGCACCCUCGAGCCUGGAUAUACUCCCAGUUUGCCGUUGCCAACAUCGGCUCUGCUAUUUUGGUCUCUUCCAACCCAACCAACCUCGUACUUGCAACUGCUUUCGACAUCAAGUUCCUCAAAUAUACGGCCAAUAUCAUCGUGCCCGUAGUCGCUACGGCUGUCGUCUUGUUUCCAUUUCUCCUUUACAUCGUCUUCGCCGACCCGGAUCUCAUCCCAUUCUCUAUCAAAAUGCACGAGCUCCCAGAGGAAGCGAGGAACAAGAAGCCCGUGAACCCAAAUAUCCCUAAUGCCCGACCAAAUCUGGAGAAACAAGAGGACGAGCACGUGAAUGAUGAGGCAGGGCAACUCCUGUCCCUUGAAGAGAUUAUGAAUCCCUUUCUGGAUAAAGGCGGCGCCGCCUUCGGAGGCAUCGUCAUGGCUGUUACCCUGAUCACGCUUUUGGCUCUCAACGCUGCUUCCCAAAAGAGCGGCGAGCACCCUGUCUUCUGGGUGACUUUGCCCGGCGCGUUUGUCACAUUUUGCUGGGACAUCGGCUUUGGAUGGUGGCAUCGCGCUGAGACGCGCGACAUCGCUCGCAGAGGUCGGGAGAGCUUGCAGCUCGUUGAAGCAGAAAAAGAAGAGCAGGAGAUGAACGACAUAAAGCCCUUAGAUACGGAUCAGUCCGAACCUGAUAUUUUCCAAAUCUCCGACCGUGGCUUGACUGAGAGCCCUUCACCCAGGUCUCCUUCUCGCGAGCGAGGCCAGCAGUGUAGCGCCGUCGCAGCCAAAGACGACCAAAAGACGGCUAUUGUCGACGAAAAACAAACGGCGCACAUACAGCAGCGAACAACGCUCGUAUCACUUAUCGCAAACGCAUGGCGAUGGUCGCAGGAGACCUUCCCCACUGCCACGACGGUGCUUGCGCAUCUACCGUUACCACUUGUGCCGUUUGCACUCUGCAUGUUUGUCCUGGUACAAGCUCUGGUCACCAAAGGCUGGAUCCCGGUUUUUGCUUUCGGGUGGGAUCAUUGGGUGACCAAGACCGGCACUGUCGGAGCGAUAGGAGGCAUGGCAUUUCUCUCCGUCAUCUUGUGUAACUUCGCUGGCACCAACAUUGGCACCACAAUCCUGCUUUCCCGCGUCAUCCAAACAUGGCAGCAGAUCCACCGCGAAAAUGGAGUCCCAAUCUCCAAUCGCACCUUCUGGGCAACGGUUUAUAGCAUGGCACUCGGGGUUAACUACGGCGCAUUCAGCGUGGCUUUCAGCGCCUCCCUAGCCGGUCUCCUAUGGCGCGACAUCCUCGGCAGGAAACACAUCAAGAUGCACAGCCUCGACUUUGCGCGUGUCAAUCUCCCAAUCAUCGCCAUCUCCAUGACGAUCGGCUGUGUCGUCCUUGUUGGCCAGAUCUAUAUCAUUAGAGACGACCACCCUUAUGAUGCGCCACGAUGAUAUUCAUAUUUUUGGCUCGUUUCGCCUUUAAUGAAGGUAUCGAAAGUUUCGUAUCGAAUUUAUUAUUCGAUCGGGCAUAUCUGCUGCAUGGUAUUGUAGAUUUUGUGACGCGACCGCCAGCGUCCUCGGAGUCGUGCGCCACUCCGAAUGCAUAGGGACUCGACCCCCACCUAGGUCCCUUCAUAAAAGCCCUUCCCGGAGAUUGAAGGGUUUCCGCUGCUCAGGUCUCCGGAUUCGCGGAGUUGAUAACCGGCUAGAGGCAUCGAAACCUAAUCCCCUGGGGCUGGUCGACUGUAGUCCGUACAGUAACCAGCGGUGGCUUGGCCUAUGAUGUCUAGGCCAUGGUGGACCUACUUGUAGAUUCACUGCAGUAGUCUCUUGUAUAUAUUCUUCCUUUAGCUUCAUAGGCAUUUCUAUAGGUUCUUUUCAAAGGCUAUAGAACCCGUUCGAAGAGUCCUUCGGGGCCUUUCAAAUGAUCCAUACAUAGGUAUAUCUUCA